CUCAAACACAUGAACUCGAUGAGUAAAGUCCUGAUUUAAAGAGAAACAUUUCAGGUCCUGAGUGAAUGAUUUCAGUGCUUCUGGAGGGCGGAUCAGUAAAGUGAACUUGAGUAAACACGUGGGUUCAGACUGAGGGAAGUUCUCAGUGGAGUUCUGCUGCUGUUUCUAGGAACACAAACUGUUCUGAUUGUCUAGGAUUUUUUAUUUACUCUUUUAAAGUUUAUAUUUUCUUUUUAAUCAUGAGCUGUAAGCCUGGUUGUAUUUAUGCCACCUUGGUAAUUGGUGCACUGCUGAUCAUUGGGGGCUUUAGCCUCUUUGCAGCUGGAAUUUUCAGCAGAAUGAUCGAGAACAAAAUUAAAAAGGAGAUCACUCUGACCGAGGGCAGUAGAGUGUUUCAGUCCUGGAAGAAUCCUCCUCCUCCGGUCUUUAUGGAGUUCUUCUUCUUCAACGUCACGAAUCCUGAUGAGUUCAUGGCCGGAGCAAAACCUCGCCUCACGCACAUGGGGCCGUACACUUACAGAGAGUACCGACCCAAAGAAAACGUCACCUUUGUGGAAAACGGGACCAAAGUUUCAGCCUUGACCACCAAAAGCUUCGUGUUUGUGCGUGAAAUGUCAGCUGGAGACCCAAGUGAGGAUCUCGUAACUACUAUUAACAUCCCAGCUGUGGCGGUGAUGAACAAACUAAAGGAAGUGAGUUUUUGGGCCAGAUCGAGCAUUUCCAUUUACAUCAGUUCAAUCGGAACCACCAUGUUCAUGACCCACACGGUGGAUGAGCUGCUGUGGGGUUUUAAGGAUCCGCUGCUUAGUCGUCUACACAGCAUCAAACCAGAGGUGGACGAGAACUUCGGUCUAAUGCUGAACAAAAAUGGAAGUAAUGAUGGCGAGUUUGUUUACUUCACCGGAGAGGAUAACUACUUGGACUACGGCCGCGUUGACACCUGGAAAGGCCAAAAGAUGACGACAUUUUGGGGCACCGAUCAGAGCAACAUGAUAAAUGGGAGUGAUGGCAGCGCUUUCCACCCAUUCCUGACUAAAGAGGAGAGACUGAAUGUGUUCACUCCAGAUCUGUGCAGGUCCAUCUACAUGCUGUUUGAGAAAGAAGUAAAAGUAAAAGGUAUUCCAGCGUAUCGAUUCACUCCUCCCCGUGACGUGUUAGCCAGCGGGAAGAACAACCCGGAAAAUAAAGGUUUCUGUUUGGAUAAGAAGAAAUGCCUGGAUGAUGGAGUGUUAAACGUGGCAGUGUGUCGCAAAGGUGCUCCAGUCGUUGUCUCUUUCCCUCAUUUCUACUUGGCUGAUAAGAAAUACGUUGAUGCCCUGGAGGGAAUUUCACCAGUCCAUGAACAACAUCAGACUUACCUUGACCUAAACCCUACUGCAGGAGUGCCGGUUCGUGCCUCUAAAAAAGCCCAGAUAAACAUCAUGCUUGACAGAGUGACUGGUUUCCCUAUGACCAAAAACUUCAACGGCACCAUCUUCCCCAUCAUGUUCCUGAAUGAGUCUGUUGUCAUUGACGACGCAUCAGCUCAUAAGUUGCAAAAGCUGCUCUUCAUCGUAAACCUCGUUCCAAACUUCCCCUUCAUCCUGGUGGCUCUCGGAGUCCUUCUGAUUCUGAUCAGCAUUCUUCUAUUCAUCCGCUCCAACCAGACCAAGAAAUCUACAAAGUCAGAGUCAUCGUACUCACCUGUCAACACCAAAUACGAAGAUCUAGCCGAGAAGAACGGCACUCACAUAAGCCUGACGGCUGUCGAGAAGUCUUGAACAGGACCUGCCGUGCGUGAAAGUCUGUGUGUAUCAUACAAAAGCUCCUGAAAAUGCUGUCAAAUGUAUUUUGUAUUUCGAGUGACAGGUAGUUAAAAUUCAACAGCGCUAGGUUUUUACUCAGGUCUGCCAUUAUUGUCCGAAUGAGCGAGUGAAUAUGAGUCUAUUGCAUCGAAUCGGCUGUUUUAUGUUUGUUUGUUUGUUUUGGUUGUUUGUGUGCUGAUUGAGCACAUCAGGUCAUUUUAACUCAAGCUGAAAGACAAAUCUCAGCAGCUAGAGGUCAAAUACAUUGAUUUGUGUAAAAGGAAGAUUUUAGGGUGAAAAUGUGAAACCCUAGAGUCAGUGUUUUGACUACAUUAGUGCCUUAAUGUUACGUCUAAAAUUCUGAGGCUCCAAUGAACUGUUUUAUUUCAUCAGUUAUCAAGAUUAAAUGUACAAACAGGCGUGACCAUUCCGACCUGAAAGUGUAUUUUUAUUUAGUAAAGGCAGAUGGGAUUUCAAUCCAUUUCUCAUAUAGAGUACUAAUCCAGAAGCUAGGCCAGUGGUGGGCAAUUUAAUCCGGCCUCUGUAGUAUUACCAAAAUAGUCAAAAAGACCGCAUUAAUUUAGCCUUUCUCCUGCAAUACCCACUAAAUGGCACUAUAAACACACUACCGACUUUUGCUAAACCCGUUUUGAGACGCUGGCGUGUUAGAUAGGUAGGUAAUCAUUACUUCUUAGGUAAUGAGCUUUACAUGUAAUUCAUUUUUCACCCUCCCCCCAACCCACCCCAAUCUGCUGGUGGCCCGGUCUGUGUUUAAAAUUUUAAAACCCAGUGUGGCCCUUGAGCCAAAAAAUUUGCCAUGAGUUUACCUGAGCGCUGAGGCGGCACAACCCGCUAUAAUGCCCUCCCUUUGUGUACCAAGUGAUAGCUCAGUGGUUAAGGUACUGGACUAGUAAACAGAAGGUUGCCGGUUCAAGCCCCGUUGCCACUGUUGGGUCCCUGAGCAAGGCCCUUAACCCUCAAUUGCUCAUCGUGUUCAGCUCAUUGUGUAAGUCGCUUUGGAUAAAAGCGUCUGCUAAAUGCUGAAAAUGUAAAUGUAAAUGUACCAAAAACGAAUUGCUGCUCACUGGAUACAUUGGGAUUUUUUGUGUGAAUUCUAGUGAAAGGAAAUCAGCAGUUCUAAAAUACUCAAACCAGCUCCUUAGACACCAACAACCAUGCCAAUCUAAAAGUCCCCCAGAUCUCUGUUUUUUGUUCCUUGUUCCUAUUUCUCUUUGAUUUAACACAUUGCUUUGCUGACACUUGAAAGGUGGAUCAUUACAUAAAUGAGCAGGCGAACAGGUGUUCCUAAUAAAGUGCAAAGUAUUUGAAGUGAUCCGUGUUCUGUUUCACUGAUGAAAAUACAACGUAUGAUUUAAUGUUCAUGCAAAUGAAGUGCUUGUCAGGUUACCAAGUGUACCAGCAGUGUUAUAUUUACGAAUUGCACACAUUAAGAGCACAGACGGGGUUUUUCUGUGAUUUGUAUUAUCCAAUAUCCAUUCAAGUGCUGUUUGACAAUUUGUUGUAGCUACAAUAUUUUACAUAAUAAGGCAAAACUUUCAAAGUUUAAAUGGAUUGAAGUCAGUAAUAAAUAAUAACAUUUAAUGUCAGUAUUAAAUAAAUAAAAUACACUUUACUUUUAAAGAAAUCUUGCUUUUAUUACCAACUUUCUCCCAAUUAAAUGUCUUAAUUUGAUAUUAUUCAUUAUUAACUUAUUUUAUUUAAGUCCAGUACGUACACAAAGCUUUCGUACAUACAGCAAAUACAGCAGUGUUGCUGUAGCUAUAACAGUUUAGUUCUGCCAUAGUAUGUACUAUUUUAAUAGAUUAAUAGAUUUGUUUCUAUUCAAAUCUACAGCAUUUGUAGCAGCUGAGUAAAAAUGUUGUAUUAGUGUUGAUAACUGAUGAUCUAAACAGAGUUCUCAGACGUUCGGAGCCAAUAAUGAGCCAUUUGUUUGAACUUUAUGCACAGGAGCGAAUGUGUGAAUUGCACUGAACAUCGUUACAUACAGUAUUGACCAUAAGUUUAUGAGUCUAAUCCCAUUUCUUCACAUAUAUUUUAUCAUUUCAACUGCUACAUCAUAAAAGUGUUCACAGGAAAAUAUACAUUGAUACAUUUCCAUUUCCAGAGGAAUACACUGUAUGGACAGAAGUAUUGGGACACCUCUUUUAAUUUUUGAAUUCAUGUGUUUCAGCCACAGCAGUUGAUAACAGGUGAAGUAAAUCAGUUGUAUAGGAGGAAAACAGGAAAACAGUUUCCUCUCCCUUUGCACAAUUAAAUAAGCUCCAGUGGCCUGCACAGAGCCCUGAUAUUAGCCCCACUGAACAUCAAUUGAGGCUUUCUUGACCAACAUCUUGUCCAGGUAUAGAAAUGCUGUUUGUCUGAAUGGCCACAAAUUCCCACAGACAUGCUUUAAAGUUUUGGGAGGAGUUUUCUAAGAUUACGCAGGUCACACUAUUUCAAUACUAUUUAUUUUUGAAAUUGGAUGUCCAACAAGUUCACGGUCAGGUGUCCAAAUACUUUUGGCUGGAUAGUGUAUAUUUAAUAGCUUUUUUGUUUGUUUGUUUGUUUGUGUUGUUUUAAUUUUGAUCGACGGUAGAUGGUAAUCGACGAUUCCAAAAAAGGAAUGUGAUGGUAAUAUUUGUAUGUUACUGUUGUAACUCUAUAGGUGUGUUACAGCUUUUACUAAACCUGCAGCUGGAGAAGGAAAUGUUAAAAUGUAUAGUCAUAUUGCACUAAAAAGCUCAGUGUUGUUAUUUUAUCUUUGUUAUAAAUGUAAUGGUAUUUUAAUUUUCCUAACGUAGCUAUUCUGUUCACGGCAACGUUCUGUCCCAUUAACCAUUUUUUAUGAUUGUAUAGUAAUGCAAAUCUGUGACCCAAUAUACUGUGUAAAUGAAACAUGAUCAUAUAGCUUUAUUUGGCACGUCAGUGCGACUGUUACAGAGUUCUGAGUUAAAAACGAGUUCGAAUUUGCUCGUCGGCUGUGUAUCCUUGAUUCGGAUCUUUCAGGCAUUUGGUCGUGCAUCACCAACCUGCUUGCUAUGUUAGCUGGAACACUAAUUUUUUUUAUUAUGAAACAAACAUGCUGUACUAUUAUUAAGUACAUUAUUUUGUUUAUAUGUGCCAUGUAAUAAUUAACAUAUCAAUAAAAAAACAUGCCGUAUCCACAUAUCAUCUGUACCAAUGGAACAGUGGGAUUGAAUAGUGCCUAUAGUUGUGAACAGUAAACAAUGUUAACACAUUUCAGAUUUCGACCGGAUGUAAUUUCAUUUUCUCUUAUUUGAUUUCAAACAUGAUUUUUGAACAAUAUUAAUUAUAAAAGUAUAUUUUUACAAUGUUGUAUUUUAACUUUGUGCUACCGUUGGUGGUCACAGGAGGCUAACCUGUACAUGAUACAGACCCUAGCAUUUCACUACAGGCUGCAUAAGUUUUGUACAAUGUUUUGUAUAUAUGCUAAUCCAUUUUGUGUUAUUUCAUUCAAAUAAUUAAAUGAAUAAAUAAAUCUGUUUUAACCAUUUUAA